AUGAAUAUGUUCAGAAACAAAUGCAAUGAAAUCAGAAAAUCAAGAGGUACUACAAAAUGUUUCAAAACAACUAAAAGAAUUGAUUCAAUAGCAAAAGUUGCGUUAACAAAACAGGGUAAACUCUGUAUUAGUUCUAGCAAAAUCUUGGGUCCUAUUCCAGGUGUUCAUGUAGGGGAUCGAUUCGAGUAUCGAAUCGAACUCACAAUAGUUGGACUCCAUAGCAGAAAUGAACAUGGGAUUGAUUACAUGGAGCACCCAAAAAUCUUUAACAAGACUGUUGCUACUUGUGUUGUUGCAAAAGAAGGGUGUAAAGAUGAAAUCAAUGAUAAUGAUGAAGUGAUUACUUACAUUGGGGAAGGUGGCAUUGUAAGGAACAAACAGAGAGAUUAUUGUCCUAAGGAUCAGAAACUUACUAAAGGUAAUCUUGCUAUGGUGAAUAGCUUCUUUAUCAACAACGACGUUCGUGUCGUAAGGGGGAUUAACGUUGCACCUAAUAAGACUGCUUAUGUUUAUGAUGGGUUGUAUAAAGUUAUGAGUUAUAAGCAGAAGAUUGAGCCUGCUGGGAAUUUGAUCUUUGAGUUUAAGCUUGUGAGAUCUGAUGGACAAACUGUUGUUCCUUGGAAUGAGCUUAAGAGUAAUGCCUCUUUUGGUAUGUUUUGCUAA